AUGAGUGAAUUACCACUAUAUAACAAGAAUGAUGCUGCUGAAAGAAUACAGGUGGUGAUACGGUUCUCCAAUAGUUCAAUACAGGAUCUCCAACUCCCUUUAGUCAAACUUGAUGAUUUAUCAAUAGGUUGGUUGAGACAAUCCGUUAGAAGUUCAAUAAAAGAUCUGUCUCAGAAAAGAUUACGUUUCAUCCAUUCGGGUAAAGUCCUAACACCAACUACAAAUUUUAAAGAAGAGUUUCUAAAGAUGCAAAAAUUCAAUAAAGAUAAUGCAGAAUUUGAUAAAAGAUUUUAUAUUCAUUGUCUGAUUGGUGAUGUUUUGAAUGCUGAAGAAUUGAAAAAAGAGAAUGAAAUGGAUAACAAAGUUCAAGAACAAUCAACCACACCUGCGCCAGUUGGAUUCGAUAGAUUAGCAUCUGCUGGAUUUUCUCAAGAAGAUAUCAGCGCACUAAGAGAACAAUUUAGACAACUAUAUGGUGAUCUACCAACUAAUGAGGAUGGUAAUGGGAAUAGAGAUAUUAGACAACUGGAGGAAAGAUGGAUUGAUAGUUCUGUUAACGAAGCGGAUGAAUUUAAUGGAUUAAAUGCUGGAAGUAGUCAUCUUGGUGGUAAUGAGGACUUACUAAUUGGGAUCUUGAUUGGUUGUUUAUUAGGGGUUUUAAGCUUGUUCUUAUUGAAAGAAGAACAAUUAUUCAGCAAAAGACAAAGAAUGGCCAUUGUCGCUGGGUUUAUUGUGAAUUUUUCAUUUGCAUUGGUGAGACAGUGGGCGUAA